CUUACCUUGAACUUGGUCGUGAGCAGAUCGCUGAAGAAGAGCUGGUUGCAUCUACCAUAUAGAAAAAUAUUCGUGCGGCUUCGGGUUUUUUGGAAAAAGAAAAAAAAGAUUUUGAAAAUGGAACAAAGCGCCGUUGUUCUUGUGCGUGCCGAUAAGUGUAUAUAAAUCAACUGUGUGUGUGCUGCUGACUCUAAGACUUCUGAUUUCUGAUAUCUAACGGUGCCUAGUGUAUAUAUUAUAAAUCCGUAUCGAAGAGGGGCUUCUUACACAGCAUAAAAAUGGACUGGCAGCUGACCAUUUUAGCCGGCCUGAUCUGCCUACUCCUGCCAACGCAGUUUAACUUGGCCAAAGCCUGGAGUUUGCCAUCCCGCCAUACAAAUCAACUGGCCUUAGCAUCCCAAACACCUGUUGGCCGACGAUUAAAUGAGGUAUCCCCGUAUCUCGACCUGGCCUUGUGUCCCAUUCGAGCGGAGCCCUGGACCUGUGCCCGUCAGCAAUCUGGACGAAUUUUGGAUGCCUGGGAUGGAGAGCUCCAUGUCCAGUGGCAGAAACUUAAAGUCGAGGCCGAUCGGCAGAUGAACGCGACGAUCGAGAAACGCGGCUAUAGCACAUCGGAGUUGCCCGUGAAGGAGAAGCCAUCGACGAUACUGAAGAAAAUUGAAAUCGGCACGAAUUAUAUGAAGAAAUACCUGGCCGAGUCCAUGGACGGCUUCCUAGGUCGCGAAUACGAGUAUUUGCAGACACCGAAAGCGGCGGACGAUAAUGAUAGUGAAACCGAUCAGAGUGGAAAUAGUGUUGAAGACGACAACGACGACGAGGCGGAUGCUGCGGAUGAUGCCAGCAAUGCGGCCGAGGAGGAGGAAAAUGCCGACGAUGAGGAUGCCAAUAAUGAGGAGGAGGAUGAGGACGACGACGACCGGGAUGAGGGCGACGAAGAGGAUGAUGACUCGGACAGCACGGGGGAGAACGAGGAGCAGGAGCCCGAGGCCGAAACUGAAGACGAGGAUGUGGAUGAGGCUGUGUCGGCACCCGAAAGUGAAAAUGAAAAGGAAAACACCCCCAGUGUCUUCAGUGGAACGCCGGCAGCGCAACCUCAGAGCGAUGGGAAAAACCCCGUCUUCAACGAGGACAACACUUCAACAGGUGUGGAAUUCAUCGAGCUAGAGGACGCCGAGGAAAAUGCGGCAGGUGCACUGAAAAAACCGGGCGGUGGUAAGCGAAAGAAGAACAAGAAGGGCGGCAAGCGCAAGAAGAACAAGAAGAAGGGUCAGGGUCAGGAGACGCAGCCCGCGACCUUGGUGGUCGUCCAGCAAGCACCCGAACACCACGAGGUGGACUCGGGACACGAGAGUGGCUCCUCGGUGAUAAGUCAUGAUGACCAUGAGGACAACGAAUCCCUGGGGAAACCCAUGAAGAAGCGGAAGCAGAAGCGUCGCAUGAAGGGCAAGCGAAAGCGCAAGGGUCAACACGGGUCAACCUCCUCGGUGGCAGAGCACGAGCAAAGCGACCUGAGUCUGGGACUGGGACUCCUCGAUGAACUCGCGGAUGCGGAUGAUGUCUUCUCGGGCGUCGGCGGGGGAAAGCGAAAGCACAGGAAUCCACUUAAUUAUGGUAGAAGUAACGGAGUGACCCGUGGCAAGAAGAAGAAGAAGAAGAAGGCCAUCGCCAAGUUCAUAAUGAUUGGCAGCUUCUUGAAGGCCAAAAUCGAACUGCUGCUGAAGAUUCUGGGCGCCCAUCUGCAGGUCAAGUUCUUUGCCAUAGCCCUUAUUGGUCUGCUGAUCAAUAUAGCCCGAUUCUGGAUCGAUGUGAAACGCGGCAGUCCGCCUUCGAAGGUUGUAUACGUUGAACAUGCCCACCAUCAGCACCACUACGAGGAUCACGGGGACGAUUGGAGCGAGCCGGGCAGCUAUUGGAAGCGAUCGCUGCAGACCCCAGAUCCCUCGGCCGAGGAUGUGGACUCCUCCACGGACAGCUACCAGGUGCGCCAGCCGGGACAGCAGCAAUCCCAGUUCCAGGAUCCCCACUAUCUGGCCUAUCGCAAUCAAUGGCAAUAAAUCAUCCCCCCAUAUAUCAUCCAAUCCAACCAACCACCAAACUGAACCUCCAAUGGAGACCUUAUUAUUUAUUGUAUUUAUUUUGAUUUACACUCG